AUGGACGCCACAGACAGCGAUGAACCAUCAAAGGAGAAGCAGCAGCAGCAGCAGCAGCAGCAGCAGCAGCAGCAAGAGCAGGAGAGACCGCAACUAGAAGCAAGCAGCAGCAGCAGCAGCAGGAGCAGCAGCAAAAGAAGGACUGAGGGGCCGCCGCCGCGACAGCAGCAGCAGCAGCAGCAAGCAUGGAGAGAGAAUCUCCUAGCGAUGUGGAGACACCCAAAGGGGGCCGUCGGCGACGUGCACGUCAGCAGCAACCAGGGAGCAGCAGCAGCAGCAGCAGCAGCAACAGCAACAGCAGCAGCAGCAGCAGUUCCCAAGGCGGCCAGCGGGGAGCAGCAGCAGCAGCAAAAGCAGCAGCACUGUAGCGCUUGUUGUCUGACCCCCCAUCCCCAAAUUGUCAACUAG